AUGGACAUGAUUACGACGGAGCUGUCGAAGCUAGGUUAUGAAAUGUGGCGACCGGCCCUUGGAGGUUCCGGAGUUCUCAGUCACUCUUACAUUCCUGACGUGUUUAAGUCGAAUUCGGGACAAGAAAAGUUUAAAGAGUUCGACGUCUUCGAAAAAUUAGUGAAAGUUGUGAUCCCGCACGAUAUGCUGCAGUCGUUCGUAGGAAGGAUAUUCUCGAAGCUCAGCCAGCGUGCCAUUGCUGUAAUUCCUUUGACACCGUUGUAUGCGGUCAGCCGAUGCUGCUCGAACAACGGACGGAUACUUGUUCGUCGAACGAUGUUCGUGUUCGGCGUUCAGCGCUGCCACCAGUCAGACAGCCAUCCGUUUCUGUGUAAAACUACUACCUCCGUGAUCCAUGGCUUUCAAAAUAAUAACAAUGAUAAUAAUACUAAGAAUAGUGUUUUGGAAAUAUGAGC